AUGGAUAAUGUUUACGCUUAAGAAAUAAGAUAGCGAUAUCAUUCUUCUAUGACUUAUUAAGAAUACUUAGAUACUUAUGAUAAACCUCCUCCUAAACCUUAAAUUAGGUAUUCUGCUAACUUAUUAAUUUAAGACCUAAAGAAACCCCUUAAUUACUCGAACCAUUAAUCUUAGAAGGACAUAAAGGUCCUAAAAUUUAAUAAUAAAAAUUGACUGUUUAUUCUCCUGAUGAUGUAAUUUUUGAGGAAUCUGAGAAUGAUGAAAAACCCAAAGCUCUCAAUCAUAUAUAAUUGUAAAAAGCAUUAAAAGAACAUGUAUAUAAAUAUUAAACUUAAGAAUAUUAGAAUUAGAAGCUAGAGCGAGAAUCUUGGAUUUUCAGUAUUUCGAUUUUUACAAUAAAAGAAAAAUAAAUUCACAUGA